UUAAGUUAUCGAACUUUUCUAAAAGUUUAGUCUAAAGUAUUGCGGCAAUGAUAAAAAGUUAUUCAGGUUCAGAGUAAUAAAUAUUUCGACGGACGUGGUUUAAAUAAUAUAGAAGAAUCAGAUCGCCAAAAAUGUCGAUUGUAAAUAUUAUAAAGAGAGCUUCAAAUCGUAUUUUGGGAGUUGAUAAAUCCAUUGAAAAAAUCGAUAUUUAUGAGGACAACGAAGUUUUGUUUUGCAAAAAUAAUGUCUGCAUACACCCACCAAUUUCUAUACGACAGGAAUCCGAAUUGAUUCACUAUCCAGGUUAUUUGACUGUUACAUCAAAAACUUUCGUUGAUCAAUUUAAUAAAGCUAGUCGUUCGACAUUGUUGCUCACGUGGAUCCCAAAUUCUUCACUGUGUAAAUCGAAAUCAGAAGAAAAAAAGUUCUAUAAAAAAUGUGAGGUUGUUGAUAUGAAUGGAACCCAAGCAAUAGACGAUAUAGUUAUUCCAAAUGGAUUUAGAAAUGAAACAAUUAUUAAGAACGAAGAGAAAAGUGAAAUAGAUGGCUUUAAUGUUGAUAUACAAGAGCUUAGAAAUGAGUUACAGCCUCUCCUAGGAGAGCAGCUUAAUUCAAUUCGUGAUAUUAAGGUUUUACUGAACAGAAGUCACAUUACAUCAGUUAAUAUAACAAUUUCCAACCCAUAUAUUGAAAACAUCAAUGUAAAGGAUUCGAUAAACAGUGUUGUAACCGAUAUAAAUAAGCUAUAUCUCAAUAGUGAAUAUUAUGUUUCUGAUGAUAUUGAUUUUUAUAAUGCGCCUUCGAGUAUAUUAUCCGUAAAAGACAAACCAAAGUCGUAUGUAGAAUAUUCAGUUGCUCGAAAAAAAACAAAUUGCCGGAGAUUUUCAGUCGAUCUGAGUCAAAUGCGUUCAUUGCGCUUGUUUUUCAAUAACGAUAAUUGUACUUCUGGGCAACUGGUAAUUUCGUCAAGAGAGUCGCAGUAUAAAAUACUUCACUUUCAUCAUGGUGGUUUGGAUCAUUUAGCGCAGGUACUCCUCACUUCGGCAGAGCKUUUUGUAAAACUAAUGGAAGAAUAAGAAGAAUGGAAGAAUAGAAAUGCAGCACUAACAAAAAACGAAGAAGAGAAGCAAUAUAUAUUGCAAACAGUAACUG